CGAUGCCUCAUUGCUUCGUACUCUCUGAGCAUUGAUACAGCUGAGCACGAGGGUUAGUGGCGUGGUGUAGAGGAAUACUGAACCAGUGUAUCAUCAAUCAGCUGAUCUUCACUGUCUGUAACUUCAAGUGUAGCUGCUAAGAAUUCUCAAAAAAUGCGUGAAUGUAUCUCAGUUCAUGUCGGCCAGGCCGGGUGUCAGAUGGGCAAUGCCUGCUGGGAGCUGUACUGUCUUGAGCACGGCAUCCAGCCCGAUGGAUACAUCCCAUCGGAUAAGGUGAUCGGUCCCCACGAUGAAGCUUUCAGUACCUUCUUCCUAGAGACCGGGGCAGGGAAGCAUAUUCCCCGGGCCGUCUUCGUCGACUUGGAGCCCACUGUGAUCGAUGAGGUUCGAACUGGCAAGUACCGCCAGCUCUUCCACCCCGAGCAGCUGAUCACAGGCAAAGAGGAUGCCGCCAACAACUACGCCAGAGGUCACUACACCGUCGGCAAGGAGCUCAUCGAUACCGUGCUAGAUAGAAUCAGAAAAACGGCUGACCAGUGCACGGGUCUUCAAGGUUUCCUCAUCUUCCAUAGCUUCGGUGGAGGCACCGGGUCAGGCUUCACGGCCUUACUGAUGGAGCGUCUCUCUGUCGACUACGGGAAGAAGUCCAAGCUGGAGUUUGCUGUCUACCCUGCUCCACAGGUCUCCACAGCGGUAGUAGAGCCUUACAACUCUGUGUUGACCACUCACACUACUCUUGAGCACUCCGACUGUGCCUUCAUGGUCGACAACGAGGCGAUCUACGACAUCUGUCGACGCAACCUCGACAUUGAUAGACCGACCUACACCAACUUAAAUCGUUUGAUUGGUCAGAUCGUCUCGUCGAUCACAGCUUCUUUGAGAUUUGAUGGUGCCCUCAACGUCGACUUGACAGAGUUCCAGACCAACUUGGUGCCCUACCCACGUAUUCACUUCCCCCUUGCCACCUACGCACCAGUCAUCUCUGCUGAGAAGGCCUACCAUGAGCAGCUGACCGUUGCAGAGAUCACCAAUGCCUGCUUCGAGCCGGCCAACCAGAUGGUGAAGUGCGAUCCCCGUCACGGCAAGUACAUGGCUUGCUGCCUCCUAUACCGUGGUGAUGUCGUCCCCAAGGAUGUCAACGCUGCCAUCGCAACCAUCAAGACCAAGCGUACCAUCCAGUUCGUCGACUGGUGUCCAACUGGCUUCAAGGUGGGCAUCAACUACCAGCCACCUACCGUGGUGCCCGGUGGUGAUCUGGCCAAGGUGCAGCGUGCCGUCUGCAUGCUGAGCAACACCACCGCCAUCGCUGAGGCCUGGGCUCGUCUGGAUCACAAGUUUGAUCUGAUGUACGCCAAGCGUGCCUUCGUCCACUGGUACGUAGGAGAGGGUAUGGAGGAGGGUGAGUUCUCUGAGGCUCGUGAGGAUCUGGCUGCCCUGGAGAAGGACUACGAGGAGGUUGGGGUCGACUCCGUGGAGGACGGCGAACUUGAAGAACACGAGGAAUACUAAAUAUGUUUAUCACAAUAUCUUUUAUUUAAACUGCCUUGCUAAAAAAAAAAAA